AUGAGUCCGCGACAUGAUGCGCCCAAAGACACCGCAGCGACCACGGAGCCCAAAUUGGACGCGGGCAACAAGGGCCACGAUCACUAUGCCCAACGCCUGCCCAGAUGGCGCAAUGCCCUGCGCAACCGCCUCAUACCCAUUGUGCGCUGGGAGACGCCCUGGCUCGCCCUGAUGCAGGACAAGAUGCGCUCGCCCGCCCUCGACUCCUACUUCGCAUAUACCGCCAACCUCGGCACACAUACCUUCUUCAUGGUGUUCCUGCCCAUCCAGUUCUGGUGCGGCUACACUAGCAUUGGCCGAGCGACUGUCUUCAUGCUUGCAGCCGGUGUGUACGGAACGGGCUUCCUCAAGGACAUGCUCUGCUUGCCCAGGCCCUUAUCACCCCCACUUGCCCGUAUAUCCAUGUCCGGGUCCGCUGCGCUCGAAUACGGCUUCCCCUCGUCGCACUCUGCCAACGCGGUAUCGGUCGCCUUCUAUGCCAUAUACACGUUGCGCCAGUCGGCCGAGCAAGAUAAUUCAAACUGGAAUGCGGGCCUACAGGCGCUGUUCUACUUCUACGCGCUCUCGAUCAUUGCGGGGCGCUUGUAUUGCGGCAUGCACGGGUUUCUGGAUGUCCUGGUCGGAAGUAUAAUGGGUGCGUUGAUCACGGCAUUCCAAUUGGUCUGCGGGGACUGGAUGGACUCGUUCGUCUUCAGUGGCACUUACAUGGACAUCUUGAUCGCGACUUUGGUCGUCUGCGUUCUCGUCCGCAUCCAUCCGGAGCCUGCCGACGACUGUCCAUGCUACGACGAUAGCGUAUCCUUCUCCGGCGUAGUCAUUGGGAUCAAUCUUGGUGCAUGGCAUUACGCUCAGACCGGCUAUGCGUUGAAAGAUGCAUACCCCUCAUCUGUUCCGUUCGAUCUGGAAGAGAUGGGCCUGUUGAAGGCAACAAUCCGCAUUCUACUCGGUGUUGUAGUAAUCUUCGUCUGGAGAGCGACCAUGAAGCCUGCCUUGUUUACUAUCCUGCCACCCAUUUUCCGUCUUCUAGAGCAGGCUCGCUGGAACAUGCCUCGCGCCUUCUUCCUCAACGCGUCCAAGUACAAGUCCAUUAAGCCUUUCGCUGAUGACGACAACGUCAUUCCACCUGCAUCAGAGUUGCCACAUAUGCUGAAGAACCUCGCCCACCCGCGUAAGCGGUCCGUAUCCGUUGGACCACAGUCUGCCGCCGAUGCUUACGAGACGCUUGCUUACCGAAAUCGCCGACGACGGGAAAGUGUUAACUCACUAGAUGGUACGGUACCCGAAGACUCCGCUUGGAUACCCGGCCCCGCGGUCCUUGAUACACCCAACAUCGAGAAGGGGGAACCGCUACUUGGCGCAGGUCUUCUGCCUACACCGAUGGCGUCUAGGGUGCACUCGUACGAGCAGAUGAUGGGCACAGGUGAAGUGCAUGUAAACGAGAAGAAUACGUCUACUCCUCCAAGGAGCGACACAGACGUCGCUGGCGAUGUCCACACGCUCACACAAAGCCCGACGGAAGAGGAGAAUGAGAAGCGGGAGAUCUUCAUGAAGCUUACGACACCACGAGUGCGUUAUGAUGUUGAGGUAGUCACGAAGUUGAUUGUGUACACGGGUAUUGCGUAUAUCGCUGUUGCGGGUAACCCCAUUCUAUUCGAGUUCUUAGGCCUGGGCAUGGGUCAGCAGUCGUAG